AUGAGUAUUGUUCUUCUGUUCUAUUUCAUACUACACUCAGGGUUUGAAGCUGAAGCAUUAUCCUAUGAUUACAGUGCCAGCGUCGAAUGUUUAGCACAUCCUGAAAAUCCUCUACACAAUGGAGGAAUCAUUCAAAACCCAAAACUCAACGAUGGACUGCAAGGUUGGACAACAUUUGGUGAAGCAAAUUGA